AUGAAGCUUGAUUCGGGGGCCGGGCUUGCGGCGGCGGCGGUUCCUCUUCGACUAGCAUUGCUGGGUGGUAUUUUCCUUUCUGUUCCCUCAUUCCUUCUUCACCUCCUCUUGCCCACCGCAUGCGAUGCAACCCUUCAGGUGAACCUCAAGGUCAUUCUCGAGUCGGAGCUCCGGGUUGGUGGGUGA